CGGAGUGACAGGUCUCGGGCCCUCAGGCGGAGCGACAGGUCUCAGGCCCCCAGGCGGGGCAGCGGGCGCCGGACCCCCCCAGGCGGAGCGGCGGGCGCCGGACCCCCAGGCGGAGCGACAGGUCUCGGACCCCCAGGCGGAGCGGCGGGCACCGAGUCACCAGGCACGACAGCAGUGGGCUCCGAGUCAACAGGCACGACAGUGGGCUCUGAGUCAAUUGGCACGACAGCGGGCACCGGGUCAUUUGGCUCGCCAGCGGGCACCGCGUCAUCUGGCAAGGCAGUGGGCACCGAGUCACCAGGUAUGACAGCGGGCUCUGAG